AUGAAUCCAGGAAACAUGAUGACUAAUCCAAUUACACAAAGUAAUCCUUUAGGUAAUAUACAAGAAGGACAAGAAGCUGUGAUUAUUGACGAUAACAAUGAAGAAGGAGAAAAUGAUAAAUUAGAUGAAGAUGAUGAAUUCUAUAUUCCAAAACGGAAUAAAACUUCUGAAGCUUGGGAGGACUUCAACGAAUUUGAAGAAAAUGGCAAUUACUAUGCCAUUUGCCGUUACUGCAAUAAAAAGCUAUCGAGGCCGGCUGAUGAUGCAUUUCCUUCUAUACCACCGUUGCAUACCGAAAAAUUUGACAUGGAGAAAAUGAGAGAAGCCGCUGCACAUUGGAUUGUGAUGCACGAACAUCCCUUCACCAUUCUUGAAGAAGAAGGUUUGAAUAUUUUCCUAAAGCGUGGCAUGCCCGAGUGGCAAAAGAUCAUUAGAGGAGUAGCAAAAAAUGAUUGUGUGGCAGUCUAUGAACUUGAGAAAAAGAAGCUGAAGAAAAAGUUGAGAAAUGUGAAAAAGUGUGUGAAAGAUUGGGGUAUUGAGCAAAAAAUACACACAAUUUCAGUUGAUAAUGCUUCAGUCAAUGAUGUGGCUAUUAGAGUUUUGCGGGAUGAUUUUAGUAGAUCGAAGAAACUAUUAGGUGGCGACAAGUUGUUUCAUGUUCGAUGUUGUGCGCAUAUCUUGAACCUUAUUGUUCAAGUCGGCUUUUCUGAGAUUGCGGACAUUGUAAACAAAAUUAGGGACAGCGUCGAUUUUGUCAAUCGCUCAGAGACCAGAUUAUUGUUGUUCGCUGAGAUUGCACAACAACUUCAAAUACCCGGGAAGAAGUUGCUUUAUGAUUGUCGAACAAGAUGGAAUGCCACUUUCGAAAUGCUAAGCUGUGCUAUGAAGUUCAAAGAUGUUUUUCCUCGUUUUCAAGAUAGAGAUCCACUCUAUGAUUCCUGUCCAGCUUAUGAGGAUUGGGAAAAAGCAGAAAAAGUGUGCUCUGUGUUAGAGAAAUUUUGGGCUGCCACGCAUGUGAUAUCCGGGAGUAAAUAUCCUACGAGCAAUUUAUUCCUUCAAGAGGUUGUGAAAAUUAAGAAAGUCUUAGAUUCUCGAGAAAAUGAUGAAAAUGACUUCAUCCGAGCUAUGAUUAGAAAGAUGAAGGCCAAGUUCGACAAAUAUUGGGGCGAAUGCAAUUUGUUAAUGGCUAUUGCUGCCAUUUUAGAUCCAAGGCAGAAAAUGAGAGUUGUUGAGUUUGCCUUCCCUAAAAUGUUUCCAUCUUUUGAGGCACAAGAACAUAUUUUCAGCGUGAAGAAAGAUUUAUUUGAGCUUUAUGAUGAGUGUGCAGAUUUGAAUGCAACUGGAAAUGAAAAUGCAGUCCACUCAUGUGCUUCAGAAGGGCCACAAAAAAAAUGCAACAUCUUCUUCUAG